CGAGAAGCAGGAGCUCCUGCAGGAGAUGGAGAGGAAGUCACAGGCUCUGGACGAGGCCCAGAACCAACUGGACAAAGUGCGGGCCAGCCGACGCAGAGUGGACCAGGAUAUCGUGGCCGCCCAGCGUAAACUCCGGCAGGCCAGUACGAGCGUCAAACACUGGAACGUGCAGAUGAACCGCCUGAUGCACCCCAUCUGCCCUGGAGAAAGGAGAGCGUCCUCCAGUAAUCUUCUCGCACUUCCGGUCCGCAUCCCCUCGGUCAGCGAGACCGAAUCCAGACCUCCACCGAGACCCGAGAGAGAGAAACAGAACAGCCUCGAUUGUGACAACAACAGCGGCUGCGAUAAUAUGGACUGCAGUAACAACGAGAACAAAGAGCCAACUGAUGCUGAGGCUGAAUAAACCUGACAGAAAUGAGUAGUUCUGACAUAGCACUUAAUAAACUUAAAGACAUAGUUCAGACAAAAAUGAAAAUGUGCUGAAAAUGUACUCACCCUCAGGUCAUACGAGAUGUA